GGUAUUAACUCUUCUACGUCUCUCUCUGCAAUUAUUCUUUGAGAGCAUCUUUCUCUAAAAUAUUGAGUAUUGCUGACUUGAGCGUCGGAGUGUUUUCCCCGAUGAAACACUCUCGGGAUUUUCAGGUUGGGAAGCAGCUGAAGACUUCAACAGUGUUGAAUUGCGAAGCUGCCCAAACAUUUGGCGCCAUCUGUGGGAAACUGAACGAGAAGUUGCCAAUGCCAAGGAACCUUUUCGUUGGAGGAGCAGAACAGGAUCAACUGAGUGAAACAGAUGAUGAUGAAAGAACACCAACUGAGUAUGCAACUCAGCCGAAACAGUUCCAAAUUCCAACAGGAACAAGGCAAAGACAUCCCAGACCAUACAAUUCACAACAUGAACGACCUGAAAGGUCAGCAGAGCCUGCUCGGAUCACCGAGCUUGAAGAGAGAACUAGAGUUCUCGAAAUGGCAAUGGAUAAAAUCCUUACCCGCCUUAUUCCUGAUGACCCCCUGAUUCCUUUGCUGAAUAGGGAUUCGCAGCCAAUUGUAGUGGUUGCAACUCGUAACUCCUCGGCCCUGAGUAAUGUGGUGGUCCCAACCAAACCAAGGGGAAGUGGGAGGUUAAACCCCGAACCCAGCUCAUCCAAGCGUAAUGAAGAACUGCUAAAGAAAAACGCUGACCUCGAAAGACAGCUCAAAGAUGUACAGAAAUCCAUUGACGAGCUGAAAAGUCCUAGGGACUACAUGCAACGGUUCAACAAGGCAACUUUAGACAUUGAUAACGUCCCCGAUACCAUCUGCUUGUCUGCCUUGCUGCAUGGCUUGAAGCGUGGUCGGUUUCUAAACAAUCUGUUGGAGAAUCCACCCAAGUCAUGGAAUGAAAUACAACACUGGGUCAAGAGACCCACUCCUCAAACACAUGAUUCUUCACGAGCUGACAAAAUCAAGUAUUGUGACUACCACCAUGGAUAUGGCCAUAACACGGAAGACUGUCAAAGCCUGAAGGACGAGCUUGAAUUCUUGGCUCGCAAUGGAAAAUUGGAAGGGCGAGUCAAUAUUCGUCCGAGCCGAACAGAGCAUACAAGGGAUGCCUAUUCAAUGGGGGGCCAAAGCACCCGGGGCCGUAAGGCAUAUGCCCGACAGGUGAUGACUGUUAACAAGAACAGGCCCUUGAAGAGGCCAUUCAAGGAGACGGAGUGGGAGAAUGCGCCCAUCACAUUCAGCUCGACAGAUUAUAAGCGAGCAGACGGAGAGCCCGACAUCAUGAUGCCUCAUGCAAAUCCUUUUGUGGCAACGGUCCAUAUAGGCAAUCAUAACGUCAACAAGGGGGUAGGAGUGCUUAAGGGGAACCAGAAGAUGGCUAGAGCCUGUUACCAAGAUACUUUCAAGAAGGUUGAGCUUGUUGCGGCCCCAGCAGGUUCUGAAAAUCACAGGCCAACCCAGCUCGAUCAGGAGACAAUGAGUAUAUCAGAUAUUGAACACCGACCGAAAGGCGUCGAGCAGAAGGCCGAACCGGUGGAACUAGUGGAAACGGUCCAUUUAAACCCUGACGUGCUAGAAAGAAUAGUUAAGAUCGGCACCAAGCUCACAGAAGAAGAGCGAGCAGAGCUUCUGGAGUUUUUGAGAGUUAAUCAAGAUGUGUUUGCGUGGACUAUAGAUGAAAUGCUUGGCAUCCCAGCAGAGUUGACCGUCCAUAAGCUCAACACGAACCCCACCAAAAGGCCGGUGGUUCAGAAGCGUUACCUUUUUGGCCCUGAGAAGCAAGCCGCUAUAGAUGAAGAGAUACAAAAGCUACUACAGGCAGGCUUUAUCAGGAGAGUGGAAUACUCUGAGUGGGUGUCCAACCCUGUGCUUGUCAAAAAACCAAACAGCAAGUGGAAGAUGUGUAUUGACUUCACCAACUUAAAUGAGACGUGUCCAAAAUACCCUCAUCCCUUGCCAAAUGUGGAGAAGCUAGUAGAACGGGUAGCUGGGCAUGAGCGGAUGAGCUUCUUGACGCUAGCUCAAGAUCAGAAGCUGGUGCAAAUCAUAUUUAAGCUCCAGAUCGGCAGGAACAUAGAGGUAUAUGUGGAUGACAUGAUAGUCACCAAUGUGCGAGUUGAGGAUUAUAUAGACGACCUGAGUGAGACCUUUCAGAACUUGUGCCGAGCCCAAAUGAAGCUGAAUCCCUUGAAAUGCACGUUCAUUGUAGAAUCAGGAAAAUUCCUAGGGUACGUGGUAUCUAAGAAAGGAAUUGAGGUAAAUCCAGAGAAGGUUCAAGCCAUUCAGCAGAUGGAGCCUCCCAAGACCGUAAAAGAUGUGCAGCGUCUAACGGGUCGUGUUGCUGCGCUGCAUAGGUUCAUAGCCAGGUCAAAAGAAAGAUGCCUCUCGUUCUUUAAAGCCUUGAGAGAGCCCAAGAACUUUCAGUGGACAGAUGAAUGGGAGAGUUUAUACCUGUAUUUGGGGGUCACGGAGGAGGCAGUAAGUUCGAUUCUACUAAGGGAAGAGAAUAAGAAUCAGAAGCCUAUCUGCUAUGCUAUGGUAGACUUUCUGGUGGAGUGCAUCUUGGCGACUGUGGAAGAAAAGGCACCCGAGCACCCAGUCUGGGUCUUGUAUGUUGACAGAGCUGCUAACAUUAAAGGAUCGGGUGCUAGGGCAGUGUUAGUGGGCCCAAAUGGCUUUAUAUCCGAGCAUGCAUUGAGGUUUAAGUUUCAGACAACCAAUAAUGCUGCGGAAUAUGAAGUAUUUAUUUAUGGUUUGAAGCUGGCGUCCGAACUGAAAGUACAGAGCAUUCAAGUUUUUAGCGACUCUCAGCUCAUGGUAGGCCAGAUCGACAAGAUACCUAGAGCAGAUAACCAACAAGCUGACAAGCUAUCAAAAUUAGCCUCCUCACAAGACAUCAACCCUCAGAGAUCAACACUUGUAGAGGUACUUGACGCCCCGAGCUACAUCGAUUUCACAAUCGAGUGUCAGCUGCUCAGCACAGAUCCCUCUUCACCGAGCUGGACUACCCCGCUCAUAGAAUAUCUGCACAGUGGCAAGCUACCUGAAGAUCCGUUCGCUGCAAAGUUGAUUAAACGCAAGGCGGCACAUUUCACUUUGUUAGAUAAUCAACUCUACAAACGAGCAGCCUCAAUGCCCCUAUUACGUUGCCUUACUCCUUAUGAAGCUGAAUAUGCUGUGAGGGAAGUUCAUGAAGGAGUAUGUGGCACACACAUAGGAGGUAGAACUUUAGCUCGGAAACUCCUGAGGCAUGGUUACUACUGGCCUACUAUGGUUGAGGACGCACAGAACUAUGUCAAAAAGUGCCCGACCUGCCAGUUCAAUGCUGAUGAUAUUCACAUGCCAGGUAUCUUCGUUGAAACAAGAGAAAUGCUCUCAUCACUCUCAUCUCCCUGGCCUUUUGCUCAAUGGGGAGUUGACUUACUCGGCCCUUUUGUGAAAGGCAAAGGAGGUUGCACUUACCUUGUUGUCGCGUUUCAAGCCGCAACAUUGAAGUCAUUCUGCAAUGACUAUGGCAUUGAGCUCGCCUUGACCUCUAUAUAUACCCCACAAUCAAAUGGACAAGCCGAGUCCGCCAAUAAAAUCGUCUUGCGAGGCCUCAAGACGCGUGUAUUAGCCGCACAUUCUAAUUGGGUUGACGAGCUGAGUAAAGUGCUCUGGUCAUGUCGCACUACACCUAGCUCAGCUACAAGUGAAACCUCAUUUAGCCUCACCUAUGGAGCUGAGGCCGUUAUCCCUAUAGAAGUGGGGUUACCAUCCGACAGAUUAGAUCGCCACGACGAUCUUAAUAAUGAGCAACUUUUAAGAGAGAACCUAGACCUUGUAGAAGAGGUUAGGGAGAUGUCUUGAAUAAAGAACAUGGCACAUCAGGGUCGUGUUGUAAAAUUUUAUAAUAAGAGAGUUCGAGCUCG